UUUGGGCUCUUUGUUGAGUUUGUUGGAGCUUUGGGACAUAAACGCUGUCGGGACGGGAGGAUGUUUGUGACUGUCCUGUUUGGAGAUGGCAGGAUGGAAAUGUUGAAUCUUAACUGUAAACUGGUCAACUUCAUUCACCAUCUGAAGGAAAAGUGUGGUCUGGAUUCCAAAGACUGUGUGGAGCUGAUGGACAGCGGCGGUCGUGUGAUGAACCUGGAGAUGAUGCAGCACAGCAUGUCUCCGGCCAGCAGCGUGCUGGCUGAGAGGCAACACUACGUCCUCCUGCGAGUCUGCCGAGAGGGUGAAGAAUCCGGGGGCUGCAGAUAUGUCUCUCUCCUGAAUAACACCAAGAGUCACCCUGAGUUAACAGGACUGCUGAGGAAACUCUCCACUCCCAGCAAGGAGUCAGAACGGAAGAUCCGAAGAGGGCGGACACAAAGGAAUAAAAACAUCUCUUCAGCUGACAACAAUAAGUAACAUUAACAGAUUCUGGUGUUCUUGAUUAAUAUAAGAAUACCUCACUUUUCCUUGGCCAGUGAAGAUGAUUUACUUAACGAGGGAACCACCUUCUCUCAAAGCUACAAUAUUAAUAUAACUAACAUGUUAAAUGCAGGAAUUUAAUAAAAAAAAUGUCUGGUGUUAAUCUGCUCUGCGAAUAAACACAUACUGUAUCCAUUUAGAAGGUGAUUAUUAUCAUUAUUGUCAACUGAAAAACAUAAAAGUCCUGUCUAAUUUUGUUUUCAAGAAGCACACUGGUCUCUCUGGUAUAGACACUGUUAGCUUUUCUAAACUCGCCACAUCUCUCCCUGCUUUACAGCAGCUCUAUCAAAAAACCUGAUACAGCCCAGUUUUCUGGUCCAUGUCUAACCAUGUUCUCUCUCUACCGUGCUCACUCUGCUCUUUCUCCAUUUAUGCAUCAGUGGCAACCCCUGCUGCCAAUAACAUGUCUGUCUGCGUCUCCUUGUUCUCCUCUCUUGAGACCAAAGAUCUAGCGACUCUAACUAUUUUUUAGAUUAUGCGACUGAUCACCACCAAGUACUGCAGAACUGUGAAGUGGAAGCAAGACAGUCUUCUAAGUUUUCCCAAAUAAAAACCUGAAACGUGUAGAGUGCAUUUACAUCCAGUCCACCUGCAUCCAUGUUUGCAAUUCCACAUCUUA